AUGCAGAGCAUUACUCAAGAGUUCGAAAAGCACCUGAAGCUCGACGAAGAAGAUGGUAAAGAAAACGAACAAGAAAUAGAAUCCCACGGUGAAGAUUACGAAGAUUAUGAUGAUGAUGAAGACGAAGACGAUUUUUCUUUUGCAUUUGAUGGCGUAAAUUUCUCAACUAUUUCAGCUGAGGACGCGUUUGAUAACGGUCAGAUCAGGCCGGUCUACCCCUUGUUCAACCGGGAUAUUCUGUUGGGUGGUGGUGUUGGUGACGGGCAGGAUUUGGAGACUUUAAGGUUGAAAGAUCGUUUGCCCAACGUUAAAAACGUGUUUGUAGAAGCUGAGGAUGAUGGUUUUCAAGCAACGACAUCGUCCUCGACGGCCGAUGAGGAAGCAGUGGGACCCUAUUGUGAGUGGUCGAAGAAGGUGGUGGAGGCGCUGACGCCGAAGGGUUGUAAGAAGAGUAGCUCAACGGGGUUUUCGAAGAUUUGGAGGUUUAAGGAUUUUGUGCAUAGGAGUAACAGUAAUGGGAGAGAUGCGUUUGUCUUCUUGAACCAUCCGACGCCGUCAGCGGCGGCUCCUUCUGCUGCGGCGGUGAGCGCGAGGAAGGAAGAGAAGGCGGCCGAGGGUGUACUGUUGAAGAAAGUCGACGGGAACAAUGGGGGCGUUGGAGUGGAAGCAAAAAAGGUGAAGAAAGUGAAGAAGAGUAAAACGGCGGCGUUAUCGCCUCAUGAGGUGUAUAUGAGGAGUAAAGCCAAAGAAGGCGACCGCCGGCGUUCGUAUCUCCCUUACCGGCCGGAGCUUGUUGGUUUGUUCACUAAUGUCCAUGGUGGUGGUCUGACAAGGAACGUGCAUCCCUUCUAA